CGAUAUUAUUGCAAAACAACUUCUAAUUGCUAGGAAGAAAAAUGGUCGAUCAAUUGAUAAUGUUGUGAAAUAUACGAUCAAUCAUUCAAUUGCUAGAAAAAAAUGGCCAGCUACAAAGAAAAUCAAUUUAUCAAUCUGGAUUCUGGGAUUAUCCAUGUCAUCACAUCAUUAAAUGUCUGCCACACAUCCACCAUGACUGAAGACUACCCCAAAAGCUUUCAAUCACAUUAUUGAUUGUCUUGUUACUUCUAUCUCACAUUCCCUCCAAAUUUCUCGACUAAAAUUGCAUCAAACUUUCUGCGAAAAUGGAAACCUUGAUCACAUCCCACUCCAUUUCAUUUCUCAAUUGGAAAAACCCUUCAUUAAAAUCCCAAUCUCCUCAAUCGCUCUUCCAUUUUAGACCUAAUUUCCUCUCUUCUCAACCCUCUUCGAAAUUGCAAUAUCACUUCAACGAUAAAUUGUUUUCACAGAAGAGGUUCGGAGCUACCAUAAACGCUUCAAUAGCUGGUCAAACCAAUCCAAUCGAUGAUGAAUAUACAUGGCUUCUUGAACCCGUGGGCGAUGGAGAUUCAAGCCACAUCGGGUUUAAGGUUGCUAUGCCAUCUUCAUUCGAGAUUUCAUCCAAGGAGGUGACUGUUGGACGUGUUCCUGAGAAAGCCGAUAUAGUAAUCCCGGUUGCUACAGUAUCCGGUAUGCAUGCCCGAUUUCAGAAGAAGGGUGGUGCUCUAUUGUUGACCGAUUUGGGCAGCACGAACGGUACAUUCAUUGAUGAAAAAAGGCUUACGCCUGGUGUGCAAUCAGUUGUCACCCCUGGGAGAUACGUUACAUUUGGAGACACCAAUCUAGCAAUCUUCCGUGUUUCAAAGAUUAAAAACGUGAAGCCUAGUGAGUCCGAGCCCCAAGUUGAAUUAGAGACGGAAGGUGUGAGCAAUAGAUUGACCGCCACCUUCCUACCUGUUACAUUGUCGAGCACCACCACAACUUUGCUGCCGGAUAUCGGGGGCAAUCGUAAAACCACCGAGGACCACGGAACUCGCUGUGGGUGUCGGCGUGUGGGUCACGAGCAACUGAAAACUCUCGGUAAGCCGACCUCAACUAUCUGUUCCGUCGACUUUGACGCUACCAACCUUCAAACGGUGGAUGAUGGUUGUGUUUCUCGUCGCAUUUUUAUGUGUGAUGCUGUUGGACUUGUGAAGAUUUUUGGUCGGAGGUUAGGCGCACCACCAUGGCAGCCAACUAAGGUUGCUGUCGUUUCUGCCGUAUCCCGCCGCCACCAGCCACCGUGGGAGGUGGCUGUGGGUGUGUGUUCAUGUGCAACUGUUGCUUCCGGUUUUUAUGAGGUUGUAUGUGUGUUAGUGUGGUCGGAAAACCUACCGCCACCACCGUUUACUGCCAACUGCCGCCACAUGGGUGGGUGUGAGUGUACUUCCCCCUUGUUGAAGAUGUAA